AUGACGUUCCGUGAAAAAGUCAAAAAAGCCUUCCGACGCAAUUCAGACAAGGACAAGAACAACGGCAAGCCAAAGAUCGAAUACUACCGUCGAGGGGAAUGUCCGCGCUCCAAGUAUCGUGGGCCUGUUGAUCCGGAACAUAGACGAAAGUUGUACGAUUGGAACUUCGAGGCGGCCACUGCUGAUCGGCCGCGUUCUUUCGAGCUAGAUCUAUCGCCCUGUACGAGUCUGCCGGAUCGACCUCAUGAGAGUGAGAGUGAUGAAUCCACGCUGGAUGACGUGUCGGAAUCUGAACCGGAAGUAGUCCGGGCACAACAGAUUCAGAUUAUCGGUUCAGAUUCGAUUACCCUUACGCAUCACUCAGUAGCGCUCUCGGGAUCAUUCGAUACCAACUCUGAUCAAUCCACGGCCGUCGGCUCCAGUUGCUAUUCGUCUUCAUUAACAUUAAAAGAAAGCUGGGACUGGCCUGUGACCAAGCGAGAUGCGCUUGGUUCUUUGAAGGAUACAUUUACGUGGAUGGAUCCUAUACCUCGUCGUAUAUCGGCACCGGAAAAGCGUCUGCCGUUUGAUCCGAGCGAAUUGACCAUAGCAUUGAAUGCCGUUAGCAUUGUGUCGUAA